AUGGAUGAUCUCAUACCCAACGGAAAUAACAAGAUAUUGUUUGGAAACACAUUCAAAUCCGACGGUUUUUCUGUUGACCUUCUGUUCUAUCGAAGGGAAAAAAAGAAGGAUGACACUGGUGUUGAAUUAGCUCUUGAAGACUUCAACUACGAAGAGGUCAUCAAUCAGUAUCAACCGGUUUUCCUUGAUCCAGGACGUAAAUCAUUAUUUACAGCUGUUGUAGGCGUAGAGUCAGCUAAGCAAAUUCGGAAGUCGUCCGCCAAGGAAUACUACCAUUUGACAGGUAGUACUGUGUAUAGCAAAAAACUUGAGUCAAAGAAACAACGCUCUGGUAUCCUUACACUCGAGUCCCAAAUUCCCACGUCAAAAACAACAGAACCAGACUCAUAUGAAAAUUAUGCUACAUACAUAUUAGCACAUCUUAACAGGCUACUGACAUUUUACGGCAAGGAAACCGCAAAGUGUCAUUUCCAGCUGUAUCAAGGCAGGCAACGGGCACCAGAAAUGAUGGUUAAUAUGUUAACUCACGGUACUGCCAAGUACAACAAAUUUCAGAGGAAGAAAAAAGGAAAGAAGAAUGUCAAGCGAGGAAAAAAGAAGAAGAAAAAGCCCAAGAUAGAUGGUGGCAAAGAAAAUGAAGGGCUAAAAUCAAAACUUGAUACAACCGCAAAGAAGUAA